GGUCGGAGCUCAGAGGCCCGUAGGGGGUCGGAGCGCCAAAGGCGGGAUCGGAGCGCCGAGAGCGAAGCGGGGGAGACUUGGAGCUCCUCUCCGUGCUGACAUGAUGACCGUGUGCAGGCCGACCAAAGGCAGCCACAGCCAGACUGAAAACCUGAGCUUCAAACUGGCUGACAAGGUCCAGGUGGAAGGCCCAAAGGCUGGGGAAGAUCUCCAAAGGCAGCCCUGUCGGUCCUCCAGUCCUUUCCUAAAGACUGAUCAGGACUCACCCCUCCAAAGAAGCCCGUUGGAAAACCUCAAUAACCUGAAGCUAAAGUUAAGAGUAGACUGUUUUCAGCAGAACAUGUUCAACUCAAAUAUGAUCAUCAGUGACCCAGCUUCAGGUCUCAAUGCUAAAGAAGCCAGCAAGGCUGGCAGGAGGCAGCUCAGUGGAGUUCAGAACCUCUGCCCUCCUGCCCGAGGCAGGGCCGGACACAAGUCCCUCAGCAUAAAGGACAAGAUAUCAGAAUGGGAAGGGAAAAGGGAGUUGCCCACUCCUGCACCCGGCAGGAAAGCAGAUGGGCAAGAGGAUUACCUGACAUCCUGCGUGACGGACAGGAGAUGUGAUGAUGGUGUGAUGACUCAGUUCACAGCAGCUGAGAACGGAACGAGGCCGGAAAGAGAGAGCAAAGAGAACGAGAGGAACAAGGAGGUAGUGGAAGUCGUGGGACAGAAUGCGGAGCGGAGGCUAGACCUAAGCCAGCCAGCCAGGGAGCUGUCUCCGAGCAUGGGCAAAGGCCUAGAGCUGAGGCUUAGCAAACAGCGCUUUCAGAACGAUAGCCUCUCUGUGCUGGUGCAGGUCAAGAAACUUGAGCAGGCUCUGAAGGAUGGCGUGGCAGGACUGGAUCUCCAGUUACCAGGGACUUGUUAUUCCCCACACUGUGUGCCAGACAAGGAGGGGCCCAGCCUCACAGGGAACCGUGGAUGUGGGAGUGGCUCAGAAUUCAGGUCCCACCACGUGGACCUGGAAGCCAGGCAGCCCACCCCCGAGGUUGCAGAGGAACGGAGAGGCUCCUACGGGAAAGCCUGUGAUCAGAGCCUGGAGAGUGUAUACAGAGGCUCCUCCUCCAAACACUUCAUCAACCCCCUGCCCAAACCCCGGAGAACGUUCAUGCAUGAUGGAGAAGGGGACAAGGAUGGGAGCCCCGGCAUCAGCUUCAGGAAAGAUCGCAGGAACCUGCCUCCUCUGCCCACUCUUCCUCCCCCACCCCUGCCCUCCUCUCCACCACCUCCCUCUGUGAACAGAAGACUGUGGAAUGGGAGACCGAAGCCCAGUGCUGACCACAGAAAGUCCUAUGAGUUUGAAGAUUUACUGCAGUCUUCCUCUGAGAACAGCAGGGUCGACUGGUAUGCACAGACUAAGCUGGGGCUCACAUGCACUUUAUCAGAGGAGAACGUCUAUGAAGACAUUCUAGAUCUACCAAUGAAGGAAAACCCUUAUGAGGACAUUGACUUACAUGGUCGCUGCCUGGGAAAGAAAUGUGCCUUGAAUUUUCCUGGUUCUUCCGCCUCUUCAGUCUCUGACACAUCCACCAAGCAGUUAUUGUCCAAACCUGCUUUUUUCCGGCAAAAUUCAGACAGAAGGAACUUCAAACUGCUGGACACUAGGAAGCUGAGUCGGGAUGGAAUGGGGUCCCCUUCCAGAAUCAGCCCCCCCUCCACUCCCAGCAGCCCCGACGACACUUUCUUUAACCUUGGAGACCUGCCAAAUGGCAGGAAGAAGAGAAAGAUACCCAAGCUGGUGUUGCGAAUCAAUGCCAUUUAUGAGGCCCGAAGAGGAAAGAAACGAGUGAAGAGGCUGUCCCAGUCAACAGAGAGCAACUCAGGAAAAGUGACAGAUGAGAACAGUGAAUCUGACAGUGACACCGAGGAGAAGCUGAAAGCUCAUAGCCGACGCCUGGUCAAUGUGAAGUCCCGCCUGAAGCAGCCUCCAAGAUACUCAUCACUUGACCGAGAGCUUAUCGAGUACCAGGAGAGGCAGCUCUUCGAGUACUUUGUAGUCGUGUCAUUGCACAAGAAGCAGGCAGGGGCCUCCUACGUGCCAGAACUCACCCAGCAGUUCCCUCUGAAGCUGGAAAGGUCUUUCAAGUUCAUGAGAGAGGCUGAGGACCAGCUGAAGGCCAUCCCCCAGUUCUGUUUCCCCGAUGCCAAGGAUUGGACUCCUGUCCAGCAGUUUACUAGUGAAACAUUCUCAUUUGUCUUAACUGGAGAAGACGGAGGCAGAAGGUUCGGUUACUGCCGAAGACUGCUGCCUGGUGGCAAAGGGAAGCGUCUCCCUGAAGUUUACUGCAUCGUGAGCCGCCUGGGAUGCUUCAGCCUCUUUUCAAAGAUCUUGGAUGAGGUGGAAAAACGCCGAGGCAUCUCUCCUGCCCUGGUACAGCCCCUCAUGAGGAGUGUCAUGGAAGCCCCUUUCCCAGCCUUGGGCAAAACCAUCAUUGUCAAGAACUUCCUGCCAGGAACGGGAACUGAGGUGAUUGAACUGUGCCGCCCGCUGGACUCCCGGCUCGAACAUGUGGACUUUGAGUCCCUCUUCUCUUCUCUCAGCAUCCGCCACCUGCUCUGUGUUUUUGCCUCCCUGCUUCUGGAAAGGAGGGUCAUCUUCAUCGCAGACAAGCUCAGCACUGUGAACAGGGCAUGCCACACACUCAGUGCAUGGCCCUUCAAUAGUGGCAACACCUACCUCCCUGUCCAGCAGCCAGCACUAAGUGACUUUCCUCUUUCCCCCACCCCAUUCCUUUUCCUCAUCUUGCAGGUCCUGGUAGUCGACCUCGUCAACAAUCGGUUCCUCAGACAGAUGGACGACGAGGAUUCCAUCCUGCCACGGAAGCUUCAGGUGGCCCUGGAACACAUUCUGGAGCAGAGAAAUGACCUGGCCAGUGACCAGGAUGAAGGGCCCCCUGACUGCAAGCACGGCCCCGAGUCCAGCCCCUUGAACCAGGUGGUGUCUGAAGCCUUUGUCCGCUUCUUCGUGGAGAUCGUGGGCCAUUACUCCUUGUUCCUGACGGUGGGCGACCGUGAGGAGAGGACCCUGCAGCGAGAGGCCUUCCGCAAAGCCGUCUCCUCCAAGAGCCUGCGCCGCUUCCUGGAGGUUUUCAUGGAGACCCAGAUGUUCCGGGGCUUCAUCCAGGAGCGAGAGCUGCGUCGACAGGAUGCCAAAGGUCUGUUUGAGGUCCGAGCCCAGGAGUACCUGGAGACACUCCCCAGUGGAGAGCACAGUGGUGUCAACAAGUUCCUGAAGGGACUAGGCAAUAAAAUGAAGUUUCUCCACAAGAAAUAACCCUCAGCCUGGACUCGAAGGAAAAGUUCCUCCCAGAGCAACCACGUGUUUAAAGACAGUCCUGGUGGCCUUUCUGAAACGUCGUCCCCGGUCAUCCCAGCUCUGCUGGGUCAAGGCCAGGGUGGAUUCUGGCCGCUACUGGGUUGUCCCCAGGCCCUGGGGUCCCAGAGCUGCCCAGCAGGUGCUGCUGCUUCAGAACACCCCGGAAAGGGGACCUGAGACCAGGCCUGUCGCCGACAUUCAGAUGGAUUGUUUUGGUUGCUGGUUUUGGGAUUUUUAAUUUUUUUAAAUCUUAGAUAUUAAAAAAAAAGAAAAAUGUUUGGGCUUUCUUUUUAUUAUGCCAGGGCUAAGAAAACUAUCCUGCCCUGUGUCAUCUUUCCCUGGCUCACCCUGCCUGGCAUUCCUCCUCUAGGCCAAAAUGGGGACAAAUGCGGGUGUUAGGGAGAUGCUGUAGUGACCCCUACAGACGCUGGACUCAGAGGUUCAGGGCAGAGCCCUCGGAGAAAGGAUUGGCCCUUCUGUGGAGGAGUCGGAUCUGGGCUCCAAGGAUUUUGACUUCCCUGGAGAAGCUGCAUCCAGAGUGGCCAGUGAUGCCACCUGGUGGCCGAGGCCAUUGCUGUUGGGCCUCCCAACUCCUCUCCCAAAGGGGCCUGACUUCUGGGCCGCCCGCCUCUUCUCUUUUCUCUUAGAAGCCUUAGCACUGUCCACUGCCCAAGCCGAGCCGUCCAUGACUUUUGAGGUACACACAAAAAGAGGAAAUCGUAAGAUCUAUUAAUAAAACGUUCUUAGGGUCCCAAAGUUUAUGAUCAUAAAGUAUCAUGGAGCACACCCUAUAACACAUAAAGCCACGGCUUUGACCCUACUCCCAUUUAUACUGUAUGAAAUAGUCCCAUCUCAUUGUAGGGACCCAGAUCAGCAGAGACGAAAUGGUGGGUGGAUAAAUGGAGGGACGUUUGUAAAGGAGAGCGAGCAUCAAAGUUUGGAGACAGCUUCGUAAGACUUGUGAGGCCAUCAAGGCAGCUUGCCCUCCUACAGAGGACCCAGCGGGGUGGGCAGCACAGGCAAGUUCUCAAAGCAGGCCUUGGCACCACCGCGGCCACCCGCCGCCCGCCCGCCACUGCGCACCCUCCAGUGCAUCCCCUCUGGAUGGCACCAGCAACCACGACUGAACACACAAAAGAUGUGCUCUCAUCAUGGCAAUGGCCCUGGCCUAUGCUGCCUGGCGAGGCCCUUAGCCUUUAGGGCGCUGGGAGCAAGAGGCCUUCUGAGGAAAGAAAACAAGAAAAAAAAGGAGGAGGUUGACUUCUCAUUCCACAUUAAGGAUUCUUACCUGGAGUCAUGGACCAUCUCUCCAAAUUAUAUCCAAGAUUUGGUGUGCCCAUUCAUUUUCCAGGGGAGAGGAUGCAUGGCUUAUAUCAGAUUCAUAAAAGGUUCCCAGGAGCCCCAAACUGAUAGGAGCCAGGCUGUGCAUAACAAUUAACCUGGGUAGGUGUGUGCUCUGGGGUUUGGGGGGAAGACUGAAUGAGAAUCUCUGAGUGUGGGGGCUCAGGAAUUGUACAAGCUCCUCAGAUUAGUUAACUUUAUUAAUACCAAUAUUCUGCCCAGAGAUGAUCAUUUUUAAUAUUUUGGAAUAUACUUUCUUUUCUAACUUAUUUUAUAUUAUAUUGUUUACUUAACACCGCCAAGUGAAUAAACAUACCUUUUAUCAAUA